AUGACAGACAACACCAACCCGGGCAACUUCGCCAACCGCCCCAAGGAGGAGGUCCAAGAGAUCGCAUCCAAGGGCGGCCAGGCAAGCAAAGGUGGUUUCGCAUCCAUGGAUCCGGACAAGCAGAAGGAGAUCGCCUCGAUGGGCGGCAAGGCCUCGUCGGGCAGCUUCGAGAAGGGCAGCGAGAAGGCUAAGGAGGCUGGUCGGAAGGGGGGUCAGGCGUCUUAG